AUGGCCUUCUCACAUCACUUUGAUCUUCAACACUUUGACCAGUGGUGGAAUGAGUCUAACCCUGCUCACACAAACUUUUCCCACAUUCCAACAUAUCGUCUAGGAAAAUUCAUAUCAGAUACCAGGACUUAUGAGCUUUUCCAUGAUCAUGAACUGCUGGCCAUGAUUCCUGCUCACUACAGGAAUGGCCUGAGAUUUCUCAAUCAUGACAUUAUCUGUUUUCAAAAACUGCUGCAACAUCCUAGACCUUCAUACCGUCCUGAUCUCUUGCAGCUCAAGUAUGAGAUCUUUGGAAGGGAACUCUUGGUACUGAGCAAAAUAAGGGAGUGGUUUAUUCAGGAGGUCCGUAGUGGAUGUCUGGCUGACCAGCCUGAGACAUGGAUGUCUCCCAUCAUGAACUCUUUCUUGGCUUAUAUGUAUUAUUGUGGAUCUGUGAAUCCUUGUCAUAAAUCCCUCAUGAUGAAUAGUGUUCUAGAUGAUCCUCAAACAUACGAUUGGUAUAGUUGGGCAGAAAAGCAAGUGGUUCCAGGUUUAUGGGGAAGACUGCCAGAGCAUCCUGAAGAAUACCAGGCUGCUAUGUUGCAAGCCAUCAUAGCCCAAAUUGCACUGGAGCCUCAUACAGAGUCUCCUGGGCCAUGCUCUGAAAUGUGGUGCAAGGGCAUGAUCGACAUGAUGAUUCAAACCAGACUAGAAAUUGAGAGUGAGGUUGCUGUGGACAAGUCUGAACAAGAGAUGCCAGGGAAGUAUAUGUCUAAUGAAGCAGUGAGAAAGGCAAGGGGUCGGCCCAAAGGAGUGUGCAACAGCAUAAUUGUGGUGCCUCAGAUGCAGUCCAAAUCCCCCAUGAAACUACGCAGCAUGAAUAAAUCUGGAUGUUUAUCUAGAUUAUCAGCUCUAUCCAUCAGCGGGGAUCUUGUUCCAGAAAUACCCAUGACUAAAGAUGCUAAAGAAAUGGAAGAGCUUGACCAGGUCCUGAGAUUAAAGACUUCCCCUCCAGACUCUCUCCUGGCCGUAGCAACACCUACCAGAAAAUCUGGUGCUUUGGCAGACAGGAAUACCCUCUUAGAUCUGGCAUCGUUGAACCAGGCACAGCCUGCCAAAAGGCUUCAUGUUUUCUUGAACAAGAAACCAUCCGAACCAAGCCAGACAUCAUCAGACUUUGCAGCAGCUGCUGUUGCACCUUCAUAUGUCAUGGAACUAAGAUCUGAUUACGGUACACCAAGUUCAAACUCCCCAUUGUGUUCAGAAGAUUUGCCGUAUGAUAUGGAUGUGGACCAGGCUGUAGAUGUCGAUAGUUCACUUGGACAUGCAUCUCUGGCCACCCCUGAUUCAUAUCCAGAAGAUUUGCCGUAUGAUAUGGAUGUGGACCAGGCUGUAGAUGCCAAUAGUUCACUUGGACAUGCAUCUCUGGCCACUCCUGAUUCAUGCCUAGACUUACCAGGGAACGAUACAUCUUUGCCAAUGGCUUCCAACCACCUAGAAGAAUCUGUUGCAUCUAUAUUCACUCCUCCAGGUACACUGCUUCUAUCAAAGGAUGAUCUGCAGAUGUCUGCUAUCUCUUCUCCUUCCUGUUCCAGGAUGGAGCUUGAACGGUCUUUACCUAUUCCAUCACCCUCUAUGUCCAGUUCUGAUGAAUCUGCUCAAACACCUCCGAUCACUAGCAAAACAUCCAAAGGCACUUUGGUUUUUACCAAGAGUCACGAUACCAAGUUUUCCUAUGAUUCAGUCACAUUCAUACCAACUGCACCCAGAUCCAGAGUCAAAUCCAAAUCCAAAUCCAAAUCCAGUUCAAAGGUACCUAUACGUGCCCCACCUGGCCAGAACAACGAGAGUCAAAUGUUGAACAAGGGCAAGGAAAAAGCAAAGGCGACAUGUUCAAAAGAGUCUCAAAAAUCUAGUCUGCAGGAGAGAGCAAAGAGCAAGGACGAGAGAAAUAUGGAGAUCUCAGAUGAAUCUCCAAUGCCUCAUCCUGGUCCUAGUACCAGGUCCAAGAUCACUGAGACGCUGCCUGCAAACAUGUCAAAAGUGGCUAAAUCUUGUCAGAUUGCUCAGGAAUCUGAGAAUCGGACAUGGAGUGAUAGGUUUCUUACAUUCUUUGGGUACCUUGGGCGUGAUUGGGCCCAAUCUCCUGCACUUCAAAAUGAUAUAAAAUUGCAGGUUGGCAAGGCCAUGAUCUCUAGAGAUGUUGAGAAGCAGAUCAAGAAUGACAUGCAUGUGAUAGUCAAGUAUGUCUAUUGGAUGAAAAAACGGAGGGGAGCGGUCAAACUUCAAGAACAGCCUGAAGUUGGUUUCAAAGUUCUAUUUGAACUUUUACAAAUGAGGUCUUAG